AUGAGCAACGGAAGUCUGGUCACGAAAAGCGGUUUGGACAAUGGAUACUGGGCGGUCUGCUUACCAGGAGGUGGGCAUCCUCUGGGACCGGGGCUCGCGCCUCCAAGUGACCGUCCUGCACCUCGCCUGCCAGGCACAGGAGCGGAGAAGCCGGGCGUGUGCCCGGAGCUGAAGGGGGACCUGAACUGCACACGGGAGUGCGGCUCGGACGGGGAGUGCGCCCAGGGCCUGAAGUGCUGCCAGGCGGGCUGCUCCUCCGUCUGCCACCUACCCAACGAAAAGCCGGGCUCCUGCCCCAAGAUGGACCUUCCCUUGCCCCCGCUGGGCAUCUGCUGGGACCAGUGUAAGGUGGACAGCGAGUGUCCCGACCAGAUGAAAUGUUGCCUCAAUGGUUGCGGGAAGGUGUCCUGCGUCACACCUGUCUUCUGAGUUCCAGCCACCACAGCCUGAGGAAUGAGGGAGUGGAAGUUCCUGCCUGGCCCAUCUGGCUCCAGCCCAGCGGCCCUCCCCUCUUUCUGGCCUCUGCACUCCCUCCUGUGCUGACCACAGUUUCUUUUUCCAACCAAUAAAGUGACCACUUCCAGCA